GUUUAAUUUCAUAUUUCAGUGUUCUUAUCCAUGAAAAUGUUUUCCCUUGCAUCAAGAAUAAGCAACUCGAAGAAGAAAAUGAAAGAUGAAGGAAGGAACUCGAUUCGAAAGUAAAGGAAGUUGCAGCAGAGGUCUUUCAUGUUUCCUGUCAAACAGAAAGAGAUACCACUUUUACGCCUGAUGAUGUAUCAAAGUCAAAAAUUAAGAACUUAUUUGAAUUUUAUACUGGGUUAACAUUUUCAAGAUUUGUAAUGCUAUUGUCUAUGAGGAGAAAAGGAACGAAGCUCAAAUGGACAGAUUUCCUUUGUCACAACAACUGUUCAUGUACUUGUGUCGACUUAGAAAUGGUUUACAUGUUAAAGAUCUGGCAUUUAGAUUCAAUGUAAAGGUUCAGACAGUGUCAACAGUUGUAAAUGGAGUGGCCAAGUAUAUGUAUUUAAGAUUAGGCUCACUAAGCUACUGGCCUCAUCGAAAUGUCAUUAUAGAUAAUAUGCCAGAAUCAUUUAAAAUAGAAUUUCCAACUUGUUUAGCCAUUUUAGAUUGUACUGAAUUGAAAACAGAGAAGCCAUCAUCUCUGAAACAACAAAGUCAGUGUUACUCGGACUACAAGUCCUCAAAUACAUUGAAAGGUCUUGUUGUAUGUGACCCUAGGGGUUCAGUUUUAUUUGUGUCAGAUUUGUAUUCUGGAAGUAUUUCUGAUAAUGAUAUUAUUGAACAGUGUGGUUUUUAUGAGUUUUUAAGGCACUUGAAAGAAAAAGAAUUUAUAUUGUCUAAUGAUGCAUUAAUGGCAGACAAAGGUUUCCUUAUUGAAAAGGAAUUGACUCUACUAGACCUAAGGUUAAAUAUACCCCCUUUAGCAUCAAGUGCAAAGUCACUUAAUUAGUGCAGGAGAAGUGAAUCUUACUCGACAAAUUGCAUCUCAUAGGAUACAUAUUGAAAGAGCAAUAAAUCAAAUUAAAUGUUUUAAGUUACUGAAGAGAAAAAUUCCUGUAAGUAUGUUUAAAUGUAUCAAUGCACACUGGUUUAUUGCAGCAAUACUGACAAAUUUUCAAGACACUUAAGUAAAAGU